GCAGGCUAUGGCGCUUCCUGACUGGACGGUAACAUCGUUGGCCGCUGCAUCCGUCUUCUGUUUCUUGUGUUUGUUUUAUCGGUGCAGACGCAGCACCUUCAGGAAGCUACUGAACAGGAUAAUGGCUCGAACCGAGAAGCCGCUGUUCCGAAUCGCGUAUACACUCUACACAAGGACCAGGCUGGGUUAUUUGUACUACAAGAGGCAAAUGAGGAAAGCCAGGGAGAAUUAUCCUGCUGGCCAUUCCACAACUCAUCCUAUGGAGCUCAACGGUAUAAAAAUAAUUCCCAUCUCAGUUCUGUCUGACAACUACAGCUACCUUAUUAUUGACACAGCCUCCAGUGUUGCAGUUGCUGUAGACCCUGCAGACCCUCAAACAGUUCAGACUGUGCUUGAAGAAGAGGGAGUAAUGUUAGAAGCUAUAUUAUGUACCCACAAGCACUGGGACCACAGCGGGGGAAACAAAGGUCUGAAAAGGCUUCACAGCUCCUGUCAUGUGUACGGAAGCGCAGCUGAUAACAUUCCUGGCCUCACACACCCACUCUCACACAGAGACACAGUAAAUGUGGGUCGGUUGCACUUUAAGGCCCUGUUCACUCCUGGACACACCGUGGGCCACAUGAUCUACCUCCUGGAUGGCCAAGCAGUCGGUUCUCCCUCCAGCCUCUUCUCUGGGGAUCUGGUGUUCCUCUCAGGAUGUGGGAGGAUGUUCGAGGGCAGUGCCACAACAAUGCUCUCCUCUCUGGACACAGUGGGUUCCUUAAGUGAUGAUACUUUACUGUGGCCAGGUCAUGAGUAUGCAGAGGACAACCUGCUGUUUGCUGCUGAGGUCGAGCCACACAACUCUGCCAGAGAAAACAAAUGUCAGUGGGUGCUGCAGCAGCGAGGCCAGAAGCUUUGCUCGAGCCCCUCUACUAUCGGGGAGGAGAAGCAGUACAACCCUUUCCUGCGCAGCCACUCUGCAGAGCUCCAUCAGGCUCUGGGCAUCCAGCAGUUCCUGGACGAGGACUGGACCCAGUUCAGGGCGCGGGUCUUAGAGGAGCUGCGAAAACGGAAAGACCUCUUCAACAGGAGGUAGUAAAGCAGAAGACUGCACUACAUAACGGACAAACCAGUUCUUUGGUUGGAAAAUUUAUGAAUGGGCAUUAAGACAUUUUGAGCUGAAUCUGUGACCAAUAGGAAUAGAAGUCCAUCCUUAUUAUUUAAUAGUAACAUAGUAGUCUUAUUUUCUCUCUCCAGGAUUUUAGUGUAAUGAUAAAUUUGUUCCUGUUUAGAGAAUUGCAUGUUCAUCUUAUAGUAUCAUACACAUAAUAACACACGUAGUGUAGACCUUCAAGAAUAAUGUUUGGUCAUUUUACAAAUAGGUACAAUCAGUUUUCUGUUAUGGGUGAUUUAAGUAGUUUAGCCUGCAAGGUUUUGAAUUGUUAAAUAGUUAGAACUCUUAGGACUUUUUGCUAAUAAUAAUAUGAUACACAAGUUUCCGUACAGACCUUGUUUAACAGUCCAGCAGUAUGUUUCUCUGACUGUUAAAAUUUUGGGAAUAAGUAUGUAAACUUCAAAGGUGAUGGUGAAUUUAAUUUAACAAAUCCAAUGAUGGAGGUUUUUUGUUGGUAUCUUUUCCUUUUCUAGCGAUAGUCUGGAUUUUUCUACAGUUUGAUUUGAGCCAAAUGGAAAACCACUAUUCCCUUGCUAAAGGUUUUUUGUUGUGUGCUCAUCAGUGAAUAUUUGCUUUUUGCUUUUCAGCUGUGUCCAUGAUGGAGGCUUGUUUGUUUUAGAAGGGGAUGUGUGAAAUAUUUACAAGUUGUCAGUGUCUUAUCUGCAAUAGACGGGAAUCAGAAAUCUCCCAGUGUAGAGUAGCACAAAGAAACUGUGACAAAUGGCGUAAACUGUAAGCUGGAUGACGACACAAGAGGCGAUGGGGUUAAAGAGCUGCAGUAAUAUAAGAUGACUUUGACUCUAGGUUUUGUAUAUAUUGGCAAUAAGUGCGGAGCAUGUGGUAGCAUGUGCUCAGUUCUUCUGAAACUUUCUAGUGAUUUCAUUUUACCAGUUAAACGCUGGAGUCCUCAUGCUGGAUCUUGACUUGCAUACUACACAAAUUUUCCACCUUCAUCGUCUGACCUCCCAUUACUCUGAUCGCUGUUAACUGCAGGUAAAACACUGAAAUGCUUUUCUCACUUAUAAGAAAACAGAAGUAAUAUUUUAGAUCUUAAAAUGCUUCACUUUAUGAAUGUGAACAAAAAUAUGUGAAGGUAUUGUGAUCUAACUUCUGUCCCCCUACUGAACUAUUAUUGAAGGGAACAUUUCGUAUGGCAGCAUGUGGAACUGAGACUGCAUUUAAUGGUGUUAAAACAAACAGGAUUUGCAGCUAAAUGUUCCAAAUGAGUUAAAAACAAAAACGUUAUUGUGAUCAGUGUUUCUCUCUGAAAGGUGAAUCUUCACUGCAUCGACUGAAGGAAUGUUUGACCAGUUUAAAACUGUAGAUACCAAACUUAUUUAUGUUUAUAAAUAAGGGUAAAAUGGUAAAUAUGUUGGUACUGAACCAUCGCGGUACGGAUUUAAUUUGUGGCUAUAUGAAGUCAGAUAAAAAAAAUAUUUUGACCACUUAUCCAGAAAAGGAUGGAUAUAAGCUUUUAUCGCUUUCGGGUUGAUUAAGCUACGACCUAAAGCCCUCCACACCAAACCAAUGCAGGGAUGACUGAUAGUAAUGAGGCACAAGUUAAAUAUUAGGUUUCUUGAUUUUAAUGAACAGUUUACAGAAUUAGUUUACAGUGAUAUAAAUACAGUGGAUAAGGAGUGAUGCUGUAGGGAAAGAAAUGUCCUGAGAGCAAGUUUAUAUGUAUUUUAUGUUGGUGUUUGGCUUCUUUUUCACUAAGUACACGGCUAGAAACCAGCUGACAUAAACACCUCUGUUGAUGGCUCUUGAACAGCGCCAUCUACUGUAACACCACUUUAAUAACUGUUGCCAUUGAAUUAUUGAGUUAUGCUGAACUUAUGCAUUAGACAAUAUUCAGUUCUGUACUGAAUGUUAAUUUGUAUAAUAUUGAGGCCAAAUAAGUCAAAACAAACAUUUUCGAAUGUGAUUUUUAUUUUAUUUUUUAUGUUAAAGUGACUUUGUUUGCUACUUUGGGGACCUAUCACUGCUUGGGCUGAUUUUAUAUUUCUGCAUUUCUUUGUGAGGGUUAUUUUAUGUUUAAAGUGAAUCAAAGCAAAACCACUGCAUUUUCUUUAAAAAGAAAUGUAACUGUUGUUCAUUAUCUGAACCAAACGCAACCAGAAACACAGUUAUGUGCAUAUAUUUGGCUUUCAUGACCACUUCACCCUAAAUAUGAAAUACCUUAGGGGAUGAAUUAUGCUGUGACAAGAGCUGACAUCCUCUGUUGAGGUUUACUUGGGAGCAAACUCCCUGUUAGCACAAUAGUGAUUUACCAGUGUGAAACUAUCAGAUCUGUGAGAAAUGUUCAAUAAAUAUUAUUUUUAUUGCUUC